GGAGGAGGAGGAGGAGGGCUCCUCUCCCGGGGAGCGCGGGAGGUGCCCGGCCCUGCGGGAGGGCAGCGCGGUGCGGCCCGCACGGGGCUCCUCCCGCCCGAGGGGCCCGGCAGCUCCUCCGCAGCGCGGGGAGCAUCGUCCCGUGGCGCCGGUUUGUCCUGACGGGAGCCUGGAGCUGCUGCGGCCGCAGGAGGUGGCAUACCAACAUCUCUGAGAUGUCCAUGGAUAUAACUUUCCUGGGCACAGGCUCAGCCUACCCCUCUCCAACAAGAGGAGCUUCAGCCUUAGUGCUGCGCAGGGAAGGAGAGUGCUGGCUCUUUGACUGUGGAGAGGGAACCCAGACCCAGCUCAUGAAGAGCCAUCUCAGAGCAGGCAAAAUUACCAAGAUUUUCAUAACUCAUCUUCACGGGGACCACUUUUUUGGCCUUCCUGGCCUGCUGUGUACACUGAGCCUCCAAAGCAACCCAGACCCAAACAAACCACCAGUUGAUAUUUAUGGACCUUUAGGACUGAGGAACUUCAUAUGGAGGAGCAUGGAGCUCUCCCACUCACAGCUUCUCUUUCCCUACACUGUUCAUGAGCUGGUACCUACACGGGACCAGUGCCCUGAGGAUGAAUUUAAAGACUUUUCUUACCUGGACAGAGAUGAGGGAUUUCUCAAGGGAGCACAAGGGAGAAUCCUCCACCUGGAUCCAGUAGAAAGCUCUUACCUGCUGGUUGAGGAUGAGCAGCUGGUUGUGAAAGCUUUUCGCCUGUUUCAUCGUGUUCCUUCCUUUGGAUUUGUGGUGGAGGAGAAGCCCCAGCCUGGGAAACUCAAUGUAGAGAAACUGAAAGACCUUGGAGUUCACCCAGGUCCUUUAUAUGGGAAACUGAAGAAUGGAACUGCAGUUGUUUUAGAAAAUGGAGUCACCAUUUCUCCUUCUGAUGUCUUGGAAGACCCUAUUCCUGGAAGGAAAAUCUGCAUAUUGGGGGAUUGUUCAGGGGUGGUUGGAGAUGCAGCCAUCAAGCUUUGCUGGGAAGCAGAUGUGCUGAUACAUGAAGCCACGUUGGAUGAUACCCAAGAGGAAAAGGCCAGAGAACAUGGUCACAGCACUCCCAAAAUGGCAUCAGAGUUUGCAAAGUUGUGUAAAGCUCAGAAACUGGUUUUGAAUCAUUUCAGUCAGAGGUAUAAACGAGCUGCUCAGGGGGGUGAGGGAGAUGUGGACAUCACCCAGCUGAAGAGACAGGCAGAGGCAGUGUUAGGUGGUCAAGAGGUGACACUAGCUGAGGAUUUGAUGACACUAGACAUUCCAAAGAAGAAGGAAAAGCAGCAGUGAAGUGCUGUGUGAAGACAUCAAGGAGGAGAGUGUUGGACAGCAUGUAAAAAUCAUGGUAGGGUUGCUGGUGUCCACAUCAGUUCUCUUGUUUGGCACACAGUGCCAAGUGCAGGAAGUACCAGGUGGAGCUAGCAUUGCUUUUGUAAAGCAAGAAAAAAGGAUACUCAGCCAUCUGAAACCUGGAAGAAAUUCCUGAGGGAUUGUUUUGGACACUCAGCCUCCCCAGCAAGCAACUGCACAAACCCUUCACAGCCCAGGGUUUUCCUGGAACCACAGGUUCCUGGAGGAGAUCACUGGAUCCUUUUGGCUUAGUGCAGCCUUCUGGAGAAGGUUUGUGCUGUGCACCAGGAUUUAAGGUGUCUUGCCUGUUGCAAGCUUUUGAAGAACACCUAUUUGAAACUUGUGUACAGGGUUUUGUAACUGUUACCCCACUUCUGUCUAAGAGGACAUGACACUGAAACUAAUAAAGUUAUUUAUAGCUCUGCCAAGUGUUUGUGACUGGGGGUGUUGCUGUGUUCAAGUUGAGGAGCUCUUCUUAUUCUCCUUUUGGGUCUGAAGUUUUCUCAUCAAUAAAUAGAGUUGAGCCU